AUGGUGCGAAUAACUGAACAACUGAUCCGGAAGCGUUCGGAGCACAAUGAGCUGGUAAUAGGUACCUUGGAAGAACUGUCACUGCACCAAGAGGACAUCGAGUGUAUCGAACAUAUUGACCGGUGGUGUCGAGACUUAAAAAUACUCUUGCUUCAAUCGAAUUUGAUAUCAAAAAUUGAAAAUCUGCAAAUGCUAAAAAAGCUGGAAUAUCUGAAUUUAGCACUCAACAACAUUGAGCGAAUCGAAAAUUUGCAGGGUCUCGAAUCGCUUCAAAAACUAGAUUUAACGUUGAAUUUUAUUGGCGAGCUAACUAGUGUGGAGUCACUGCAGAGAAACUAUAACUUGAAGGAACUGUAUCUUACAGGAAAUCCUUGUACAGACUACGACGAUUAUCGCAAUUACGUAAUAUGUGCUUUACCGCUGCUUGAAACGCUGGACGGACAAGAUAUUACAAUAACUGAACGACUAAACGCUGCUAAAAGUUUUGAAGAAAAUCGCAGCCGUAUUUUUCAGUUUCAAAACGAUUAUCAAAUCGAAAGAGGCAGACAAAAGGUUCGAGUUUCCCAGUUGAUACGAGAGCAAGAAGAAAGUGUCAAACACUUGGACGAUGAACAAAGAACGGCCCAAUUUUGGCAACAAAAAAGUGAACAUUGUCCUGAAAUCAGAAAUCUGAUGGCAAAAUAUGCUAAACGAGCUAGGGAAAAGGCUGAGUCGAGUGUGAAAAAUUCAACGGUUAAGACAAGAAAAACCAUUCUAUUUGCCGAAUGUGGGAGGCCUUACAAUUUGAAUGAACCAAAAUUAAAAUUUCUUUUUCACGAUGAAGGUGAUCAGUACAAGUUAGAUUUACACGUUUUCAAGUAUUUAGACACCUCUUAUAUUGAGGUAGACGUUCAGCCAAACUAUGUAAGAGUGACCGUAAAAGGAAAAAUUUUUCAAUUAGCUUUAAAAGACGAAGUGCUAACAGAUCAAUCUGCGUGUCAGCGUUCCGGUACAACCGGCCAUCUUUCUAUUGCUUUGCCGAAACUUAACACCCAAAAUGUAUCCUUUAACCAAUCAAAGACGAAAGCUUUAGACAAUGUUCAAAGUCAGCCGCACAAGAUGAACAGAGAGUUGAAAGGUACAGUUGAUUAUAGACACAUUGUUAAUAAAUGUGCACAAAAGGGCAAAGCACACGACGAUGGAGAUGAAAUACCACCAUUGGUUUAG